UAAUAUUCCCGUUUCCGAAUUUCAAUUGACAAAUGUCCACAAUUUUAGAAUACUCCGAAUUAAUAUUACGUUUUAGCGUUUAGACAUUUUAUAUUUUACAUUUUUUCGGUAGCUCGAACAAUCGUAUUACCCUUAAAUUAUAUUUUUGUUCUAUGAUAUUAGUUAUUACGGAUUUUAGUAGUCUCAAACGAUAUUCAAAAUGUUCAAUACUCUAAGGAUUUUGUUCCGACUCUCAUCGACCGCCGUUCCGACUGGAUUGCGGUCUUCAGUUUUGAACAAACCUUGGAUUAGGAGUAUCUGCUAUCAAUGUCGACAGCCAAUUCUAGCAAACAAAUUUCUAUGUAUCAACACGGGCAGACGUUACAAACGUACAAAAAAAGAAAACGAUCAGGAUACUGACGAUGAAUUUGAUUUAGAAAUGGACGAAUCCAGUCAGUUGGUUAAAUUCAGGACCAGUACAAUGAGAAUGGAUACUGUCCUAAAACACGCACUAGGAAAGUCUAGAAAUAAAAUUGAAGUAGCUUUUUAUGAAAGCCGUAUCCGCGUGAAUGGAGAAAAAGUACUGAAGAAAAGCCACGCAUUAGAAGUAGGAGAUGAGGUGGAUUUUGUGAAAGGUCCUAGUCCAAAUAAUCCAGAUUUUCUUUUAGUAUCAAGAGUAGAAGUAUUGUCUGCCAAAUUAAAUGGAGACGAAUUAGAUGUAAAAUUAAAAAAGUAUAAGAGUCUUCUGAUAAACAAUUAUGAAAAUAAAUGGAAACCACAAUCAUAAAAAUAUAUAUUGUUUGUAUAGAUUAGAUAAUUUCAUUAUGAUACUUUGAUUAUGAAAAAUUACAUUUUUAAAUUAAACUUUAUGUCCAAAAAUGUGCAAAUAAAUUUAUUUUAUGAAA